CGAUCUCUUUCGUCUCUGAGAAAUAUCAUGUCAGAAUCAGAUAUUUCCCCUGCUUUCAACACACCCAGAUUGGUUGUCAAGAAGGUUUUGGCCAGAUCUCAGCACGAAGGGGAUGGAGCAGUUGUCAGGAGAGGCAUUGGAAGAAGCGAGUUGAAGAACUUGGAUCCCUUUCUAAUGCUGGAUCACUUCUCAGUAUCUCCUCCUGGAGGAUUUCCUGAUCAUCCACACAGAGGUUUUGAGACCGUGACCUACAUGCUAGAGGGAGGCAUAACUCACCAAGAUUUUGCUGGACACAAGGGUACAAUAAGAACUGGGGAUGUUCAGUGGAUGACCGCAGGCAGAGGAAUAAUUCACUCUGAAAUGCCAGCAGAAGCAAGCAACAAGGGAUUGCAGCUUUGGAUCAAUUUAUCAUCCAAUGACAAAAUGAUUGAACCUAAUUAUCAAGAACUUCCCAGUGAGAACAUACCGGGAGCAGAAAAAGAUGGGGUUGAAGUGAGAGUGAUAGCAGGAGAAGCAAUGGGAGUGCGUUCUCCUGUGUACACACGAACUCCAUCCAUGUUCCUUGAUUUCUCAAUGAUGCCAGGAGCUGUGUUGCAUCAGAGUAUUCAAGAGUCAUGGAAUUCCUUUGUUUAUGUAAUUGAAGGGGAAGGAGUGUUUGGGUCUCCGAGCUCGUCACCAAAUAUAGCACACCAUGUCCUGGUUUUGGGUCAAGGUGAUGGCCUCAGUGUGUGGAAUAACUCUUCGAACCCUUUGAGGUUUGUGCUGAUUGGAGGACAGCCAAUUAACGAACCAGUGGCUCAGUAUGGGCCUUUUGUGAUGAAUACACAGUCUGAAAUUGAGAAAACUAUUGAAGACUAUCAAUAUGGCAAGAAUGGCUUUGAGAUGAAGAAAUAUUGGAGGUCUCAAUAG